GUGAACCCGGAGUUAUGGAGGAAAUUCUCCAUGAUUUUGCUCCAUUGCGUCAACAUGGGCAGGAAAGAGACGAGGAUAAACAGGAAAACGACCCCAAGGAAGCAAAUUUGGUGUUGAAAGAAUUACAAAAGAUGGAAGCAACACCGGCUGCCGCAAGUAGAGACACCGGGGCAGACGCCGACCUCCGUGCCGCCUGCAAGAAGGGGAGCCUGGCAGAGGUGAAGCGGAUCCUGGACACAUGUCGAGCUGACGUCAACUGUAGAGUCAGACACGGGAUGACACCGGUGAUGUGGGCAGCAGGGCGGGGACACAGAGAUGUGGUGGAGCUCCUUGUGAAUCAAGGUACUGAUGUGUCACUGGUGGACAAUGACGGGAACAACAUCCUUCACCACGCCUGUCGGGAAGGACACAGGGAGACAGUGGAGUUUGUCCUGUCUCUGGACGGUGUGGACAUCAACAGUAAAGAAUGGAGGAGCAGAACACCUGUGAUGGAGGCAGCAGAGCGGGGACACAGACAUGUGGUGGAGCUUCUUGUGAGUAAAGGAGCUGAUGUGUCACUGGUGGACAAUGACUGUAACAACAUCCUUCACCACGCCUGUCGGGAAGGAGACAGGAAGACAGUGGAUUUUCUCCUGUCACUGGACGGGGUGGACAUCAACAGUAGAGGAGGGAGCAGCAGGACACCGGUGAUGGAGGCAGCAGAGUGGGGACACAAUGAUGUGGUGGAACUCCUUGUGAGUAAAGGUGCCGAUGUAUCACUGGUGGACGAUGACGGUGACAACGUCCUUCACUGGGCCUGUGUGGGAGGAGGAAGGGAGACAGUGGAGUGUCUUCUGUGUCUGGGCUCUAUGGACAUCAACAGUAGAGGACGGUGUAGCCGGACACCGGUGAUGGAGGCGGCACGACGGGGACACAAUGAUGUGGUAGAGCUCUUUGUGAGUAAAGGUGCCGAUGUAUCACUGGUGGACGAUGACGGUGACAACGUCCUUCACUACGCCUGUAUGGGAGGAGACAGGAAGACAGUAGAGUUUGUCCUGUCCCUGGAAGAGAUGGACAUCAACGUCAGGAACAACAUCGGACAGACAGCGGCGGACGUGGCGAGACGUGAGGGACAUACGAACUUGAUGGAAGUGCUGGGGUCGCAACGCUGUCACGUAAUGUAAAUGGUCAGUCAGCAGAGUGUUGGUGUAGACAGUGACAGAGGACAUGUCGUUACUGAUGCAGACGUGGUGUGUGUCGUUCACGUCGUAGUGUUUACAGCAGUAUAUAGGUGAGAAUAUGCGUUGUGUUUCAGGAACAUUCUCUACUGUUGGUGUGGCGCCAAGUUACAGUGACGACACGCAGCUAGAUCUAAUCAAUAAUACACACAGCCGCUUCAUCCGAUACAAAAAGUGCAGCAAUGAUGGAGCAGUGUUGAGUAUUAUGAGUAUUAUGACUACUUAAAAAAAGUUACUUUUCCUUAGGGACCGUUCAUAAUUUAUGGCUGGGGGAGGAGGGGGUGAUGAUUUUUAUGGAGAAGCAUGUACAAUGUGAAUGACCUCUGUCCCCCACACCUAAGCUUUAUGUACAAAAGAAGUGACCCCCCUGCAUGUCAUGAUCCCCCUUCCCUUCCCAUGAUUUCUAAACAUAAACUAUUUUAAUGUACAAAUUUGCUGACCCUACCCCACCCCCGCCAUACAUUUGGAACGGUCCCUAACGUGCCGAUUGAAACAGCAAUUGUCAUGUACCAAAGUAAAUAACAUACCUAUUACGUUCUGAUAUGAAACAAACCCGUGUCCAAUACCAUCUACACAUGUAACAAAGUUACUUUAAAAAGUACACCAUUUAAGUUUACCUCAUUGCUUGGUGUAUGUAUUUGCAAUGUCGAAGAACGAGGACAUUUGUAUGUUCAUUAAUAUCCUUGAUUAAACCAAAUAUCUAGGCAACACAGUCGAAAUUUGCCACUCUUCCGACAGAACAUAAACUGGUUUUACCAUUUAAAUAAUGCCCUGAAUAGAUAAACAAUUAGAUAUAUACUUUUAUUAUCCUCCAUUGUGGAGAGCUCGUGCAAUGAGAAUUAUAAGAUUACA